AUGCAGGUCACAUAUUCAACCUGCCAAUCAACCAAUCAUGAAUCAGAACGCAUCAACCUCCAACCAAUCACGAGGCAGGACACAUUUUCAACAGACUAUUCAACCAUUUACAGUUCAGGACACAUCACGAAGCAAGACGCAUCUCCAGCUGAUCCAUUUCUAUCCCAUCAGUCAACCAAUCACGAUCCAGGACACAUUUCCCUCUCAACCAACCAACCAAUCAGGAUCCAGGACACUCUUAACCAAUCAUCCAACCAACAUCCAGGACACAUCUCCAAUCAACCAAUCACGAUCCAGAACACAUUCUUCUCCAAACCAAUCAACCAAUCAGGAUCCAGGACACAUUUCCCGCCAACCAAUCACCCAAUCAGAAUCCAGGACACAGCUCCCACCAACCAAUCAUCCAACCACGAUCCAGGACACAGCUCCCACCAACCAAGCAACCAAUCAGGAUCCAGGACACAUUUCCCUCCAACCAACCAACCAAUCAGGAUCCAGGACACAUUUCCCUCCUACCAACCAACCAAUCACGAUCCAGGACACAUCUCACUCCAACCAACCACCCAACCGCAAUCCAGGACACAUUCCCCUCCAACCAAUCAGGAUCCAGGACACAUUUCCCUCCAACCAACCAACCAAUCAGGAUCCAGGACACAUUUCCCGCCAACCAAUCACCCAACCACGAUCCAGGACACAUUUCCCGCCAACCAAUCACCCAACCACGAUCCAGGACACAUUUCCCUCCAACCAAGCAACCAAUCAGGAUCCAGGACACAUUUCCCUCCAACCAACCAACCAAUCAGGAUCCAGGACACAUUUCCCUCCAACCAACCAACCAAUCAGGAUCCAGGACACAUUUCCCUCCAACCAACCAACCAAUCAGGAUCCAGGACACAUUUCCCUCCAACCAACCAACCAAUCACGAUCCAGGACACAUCUCACUCCAACCAACCACCCAACCGCAAUCCAGGACACAUUCCCCUCCAACCAAUCAGGAUCCAGGACACAACUCCCUCCAAACCAACCACCCAAUCGCAAUCCAGGACACAACCAACCAACCGACCAAUCACGACGCAGGGACCACAAGCCCCGCCCCCCUCCGCCUCCUUCCUCCCGCGCGUUCCCUGCAAUAAAUCUAUAGAGACGGAGAGAGUCUAG